GGCGGCGCGGGGCGGGCGGGGAGGCGCGGGGCCGGGGCGGGGAGGCGGCGCGCGGGCACGGCCGGUCCUCACGGUGCCGCGGGGCCCCUGCAGAGGCUCCUUCGACAUGCAGAACGACGCCGGCGAGUUCGUGGACCUGUACGUGCCGCGGAAAUGCUCCGCCAGCAACCGCAUCAUCGGCGCCAAGGACCACGCGUCCAUCCAGAUGAACGUGGCCGAGGUGGACAAGGUGACAGGCAGGUUCAAUGGCCAGUUUAAAACCUACGCUAUCUGCGGGGCCAUUCGCAGGAUGGGCGAGUCAGAUGACUCUAUUCUCCGACUGGCCAAGGCAGACGGCAUCGUCUCAAAGAACUUCUGAUUGGAGAGAAUCCUGGAUGUGGAACGUUUGUCAUAAAUAAAUAAUGAAAAACCCA